CAGCGGUAGGUAUAUGUAGUCUGUGGCAAUUAAAUUAGUUUGAAGUUGAUCAGGAACGGUGGGAGCAUGGAAAGAAUUUAAUUGUUGAAGAUAAAGUUUGUUUUGUCAAAAAUCUUUAUGGAUAUUGUUAGUUAUCUAGCGAGUAAAGUAAUAUAAAUAAUACCUGCUUCAACAGUUUAACUGUAGUGUUGUUCUUCAUGUUAACUGCGGAGAGAUCAACAAGAAAAUGGAGUGUGUUAAGAUACAAAAUAAGAUAAAACUAUUAUUUGAAAAACUUACAGAGCCAAACUAUGUGCUCGAUAGCUAUUACGCCGACGGGCUUAUCACCAAGCUAUCAAACUGCUCCGAUCCCGAGGUAUCGUUCCUGAAAAGAGUGCCUUUAAUAUCUGAUCUGAUAACCGAGGCGCUCGACCACACUGACAAUGCACACAAUACAGUCAAAGUAUUCCUCAUGCGAGUCCUUGCUAUCGCGUCACAAAAAGAGUUACAUUUUGCUAAAAUGUUCGCUAAGCAAGGCGAUAGAAUACGUAAAGGGUUCCAAGAGAUCUGUGCACCCAAUAUGAACCCGAGUAUUAGAGUAGCCUACAUGGAGGCAGCUCUGAAUAUAGUCACACACAACUCUGGCGUUAGCUGGCUACUAGAAACUGGAGUAUGGAGGGACAUUAUCAGUUUGUGUAAUGAGAAAUCCACUGUAUUUCUUGUACGCCAAGUGUACAAGUUUAUGGCAGAAUUUCUUUGGAAACUCAACUCUUUAGGCGAUGCCAACAAUAUCAGAACAAUAAUCAGCCAUUUAAUACAACCAAUUAGCAAAUAUGAUUUCAUUAACGUCCAGUCACUAACGAGUGAAGAAGAGGAAGAAAUAUGCAUCGUGAUUGAGCCUACAAUCCAGAUACUGUUACAUACAGCAAGUAUGGAGAGACGCAUCGAAAAUGCAAGUGUGCUUAUGCACAUACUUAUCAAAGAAUUUAAAAUUAAUUCAUAUUUGUUAAUAGCAUGCGAACGAAUACGCAAAGACGAUAUGACAUUAAAUAUUUUAAAAUUAGUGGUUUGGUUGACACUAGCGAAAGUUUUCCUUACAAAGCCAAUGGCACCCGGAGUGCUAUAUAGCAGCGAGGAUUUCCUAGAAAUAGCCGCAUUCAAUUUUAACGUGAUACAGAAUUUUGUGCAGCGUCGCAGCGCUACAGCGAUACUAGACUUUUGUUCUACUUGUAAUAUUAUUUGGAAUGGAAUGUACAAAGAUAAGGAGUCAGAAAUGUGGUUGCAAGAGGACAAGAAGGGAGUUAAGAUGAGAAACCAAAUGUUGUUUGUAUUUUUAGUUCCUGUCUUGGUAUUUGUUACAUAUGGGAAGCCGCAGUCAGCGUUGACAGACGCAAGAAUUCACGACUAUAUAGAAAGACUGUUGAACAUGUCCUGUGAAUAUACAGCGAAAGCUGCUUAUGCUUUGAGGGACUUGACGUCAGAAUUAGAUACGUUGUCGGUAGUUCUUCAAUGUGUUAAGAAACUGAUUCAUUUGAAAGAUCAUUUAAAUGAUGAGCAAGCGAAUUUGGUAUUUCAAGCUUUAUUUCAUGUGCUACAAGAGUAUAAUCCGACUGAUAUGUACGGGGACCCAAAGACAGAGCACUUCGAAGACGGGGAACAGAAGAAUCUUGUGAUGACGUACGUUAUGGACAACGUGCUGUCUUUGGUGACGCACCGGAACAUCAACUGGCACGAGAGUGUGGAGAUCAUGUGCUUGUAUAAUGUUGUUAUAAACAAUUUAGAGCGACCCAACCUUAGUUGUAAGUUCGUCGUGGUAUCCUUAAAAGUAAUAGGGUUGACUGUAAAGAAGUUCUUGCAACCGAACCUGUCUUUACUAAUGGACUCGAAGCCCGGAGGCUCGAUCCAUGACCUUGGCAAACUGAUCUAUAUGAAGAUGCACGACCGACAUUGGGAAAUCAGAGAUACUGCGUUGGAAUUGUUGCAGAUAUGCACCGAGAUUGCUUAUAUCAAGUUCCCACCAUUCCAGAAGCAAUUGUUAGAGAAUAAUGUAAUUAAUGUAGCGGCGACGAUUGCAUUCAACGACUACGAGUCGUACGUUCAGGUGUCGGCGCUCAAGUGCGUAGGCGCAGCGAGCCGGAUCAACGUCGUAUGGGAUCAGCUGAUCGCAGAGUACCCCGAUAUACAGGACCGAUUACUUUACAUCCUACGGCACAAUGAAGAAGGCAUCGUUAGAAAAGAAGCAUGUAAUGUACUUUGCGACUUGUACCAAAACACAAAACUGACUCCAGCCUUUACACAAACUUUAUAUGAACACAUGGUAUCUUCAGCCCUCACAGAUUUCCAUUGGGAGGUCCAAAUCAGUGCCCUCAAGUUCUGGAGGGCUGUUUACCACUCCCUCCUCACCGGACAAGGCAUGCUCGACGGAAACUUCCCACCAGUCACAUUCUCUAGGGAAACUAGAAAAAUAGUCACGCUCAAUGAAGCAGAGAUUCAAAGGAGAUUAAUAAAAAUAUUAGAGGAACUAUCAGCGAUUGGAUGUCUUACCGUCUUUGUUACAUUGCUUCAUGAUCAAACUGAAGUAGGGAUAAUGGAAGCUACUCUUAAUAUAGCACAAGAAUUGUAUGAUAUACUUAAAAGGCAUAAUGUACCAGACAACAUAACACCGAAAGAAGGUGACAUAACUACCGUGGAUCAACUAUUAACUCAUAUAAAAGAGGAAAAAGAUCAAACAGAUGAUAAUGUAGAUAUGAUUGAUGCACAGAGCUCUGAGAACGUUAUCGAAGAAAUUCUAAAUGCAGAUGACGUCAACCUACUCGCGAGCAUAUACGAGAGACACAUGACACUUCAAAGCACCAAAACAGAGCCUCCUUUAAGACCAAAGAUAAGGGUAGUAAAAUUUGCUUCCCCCUACUUAUUCACUACUUACAUAAAAAAUACAGACUUUAAACAGAUUAUUGAAGAUAAGAGAGUAUGGAACGAUGGUAUUAGAAGCCUGUCUUCUCUACUCGAUGAUGUGCUAUGUUUAUAUGAAGUGAAUGAAGACGCUAAUGCACUAGAUUGUUAUUAAUUAAGAAGAAACUGUUACUGUUACGAAGAAAAAAUGCUACUAUAAGUAAGCGUAAACAUUAUAUUUUCUUAAAAUCACUUUGUUUUUAUUUACAACUUAAUAUAAGUAAUACAAAUCAAAUACUAAGAUCAUUUGAAACUUAAACAAUACUUGGUAAGCUUACAUCUAAAACUUAUAUGUCUAAAAUUUCAUCUAGCAGUCCAUCUAAAUUAUGAUUGACAUCUGAAUUCCAUUUCUUUUUUUCUUUAAUUAUUGCACGGAAGUUCGUGCCUUUAAAUGUUUCUAGGAAUUUAUUCGGAUGUAUGAUUUCUUUACGUUGUACACACAGGCUGUAGUCUUCUUCCAUUUCAUUAGAUUUGGUUUGAAAACUGUUAUCAUGUAGAAUCAUAAUGAGUUCACUUUGAUUAGUAUUAACUAUGCUAUCUAUAACUUUUUCUCUAGCAUCAGCAUUAUUUGCUAUAGUCAAAUCUAGUGCCAUUUCUUCAUCAUGAUCAUCGUUCUUUGAGUUCAUGGGGUAAGUGAGAGCAUUGUCGACGAUUCUGACGAAUUUAUAUUGAUCUAGAAUUGAUAUUAGUUCGGUAGCCAUGAUGUAAGCUUGUUCCAUAACUUCUAGGUGGUGCAUUUCGUUCAUACAUUCGUACAGAACUGUGAGACAGCCUAUUGAGGAUAGAGCGUGCAUUAUAGCUGUGAGUUGCCGGAGUAUUUCUUUGUCGUUUAACGUUAUAAUCUUCCGUUUUUCUUUAGAGAAGGUAACGGAAGGGAACUUCCCGUCUAUCAUUCCUCUUUGAGACAGUUGGUUGGCUAUCUCGUGUUUGAAGAACUGCAAUGCUGCCAACUGCACCUCCCAGUGCAAGUCGUCCAAUGCGGCUGAUAUCAUUACUUCGUACAAAGUUGAUUGAAAAGUUGGUAACAGCUUUUGGUUCUUGUAAGCGCUGGUUAGAACUUUCGUUGCUUCUUUCCGCACCAUCCCUUCUGGGUUGUUUCUCAAUAUGUAGACCAGUUGGAACUGAAAUUGUAAAUAGCA